AUGAACAGAUCACUAUUCGUUAUUUCUGCUGCUUUAAUUUGUAUAGCUUCGAGUCAAUGGGGUGGAGGUCCAGGGGAAGGAUUCGGUGGCGGGCAGGGCGGCUUCGGCGGCCCGCAAAGCAAUUUCGGCGGCCCUCAAAGCAAUUUCGGCGGUCCAGAAUUCGGAAGACCUGAAGGAGGUUUUGGGGGCCAAAACGGUGCUCCUCCUAGUUCUGGUCCGGCUACAUUAGAAGGACCACGCCCCAGUGGUUUCCUGAAUAUAGGAGGUGAUCAGGGCGGUUUUAAUCGUCCAGGUGAAAUGGGCGGUCAACCAUUCGGCAUGGGUGGCAACCAAGGUUUUGGUGGUCAACAGGGCAUGGGUCCAGGCGGGUUCGGUGGCGAAGGCGGCAGGUUCGGUGGUCCAGGCGCUCAGUUCGGUGGUCCAGGUGGUGAGUUCGGCGCUCAAACUCCUACGCCAGUCAGAAGAAAAAAAGCUUCUGGGUCCGGCCACAGUUUGCUCCAGCGUGUGCUUCGUUGA